GGUAGGUAUAUAACCGUGCCAUAAGCAAGCUCCCAUUUUCCUGUCUACCGUACCUACGCAUAACAGCCGCGCGGUAGGUAUAAUAGUCACGGCCACCCACUGACUGCCAUAUUAUAUAUGACAUUUAAUAUAAGACGUGUAUUGGGUACCCUGUGUAAAUGCCAUCGUUUUAUAAUAUUUUCGUCGUUUUAUCUGUCGUGGUGUUUUAAACAACAUUUCUCGCUGCAGUGUUCGUGAGCUGUUUAUACGAAACUAUUUUAUUGCAGUGGCCUAAUUAUUAUUAUCCGUCAUCAUGUUUAAUGGAUACUAUGGGUCAACGUCGGAGAGCAGCGACAGCGACGCGCCAAUCGACGAUGGAUCAUCCAUCAAGACAAUGGAUCUCAACUACCUGUUGCUGGACGGCGACACCAUCCAGAAGCAUUUGGACGAAAUGUGCAAGCGCAGCCGACCUGAUGGUAUCGACACGAUGCUGCUCAACCAUAACGCUAUGCUAUCGUUGCCACCAGCAAUCAAUCGAUUCCAGCACCUCCGCGUGCUUGACAUUAGCAACAACCGGUUGACGCAUGUGCCUGACUUCGUGGCACGAUUACCGCUCACUACGCUGGUCGCCAAGAACAAUCUGAUUGAUGAUGACGGGUUCCCUAAGGAAUUCGGUUGUUCCGCUCACCUCAAGGUGCUAAACAUUAGCGGUAACCGGUUGUCGCACUUCCCCAAACAGCUGCUGUCGGUCACCACUCUCGAGUAUCUGUACAUGGGCAGCAAUAAUCUGGUCGAAAUACCCAAAGAUGUCAACAAACUCAUCAGGUUGAAGUUUUUAUGUUUGGGUGGAAAUCAUCUGUCAGAUGUACCUGUGACUUUGGGUAUGUUGGAUAAUUUGAAAGCGCUAAACUUGAGCGAUAACUCACUGGAGAGUUUGCCGCCAGCCAUUGCCAAUCUCAAACACCUGAAAUCGUUGAUGUUACACAAAAAUAGACUUCGUACACUACCUAUAGAAAUCAUAUCAUUGAAGUGCCUCACAGAGUUAAGCCUGAGGGACAAUCCAUUGGUUGUGAGAUUCGUAAGUGAUAUGACGCAUAAUCCACCAUCUUUACUCGAACUGUCUGCUAGAUCAGUGAAAAUUAACAAUGUACAAUACGGAGAACGCGAUUUGCCUUACAAUUUGAUUGAAUACUUAACGAGCGCACAUCAUUGUGUCAACCCUAAGUGUAAAGGUGUGUUUUUCGACGACAGAGUUGAACACAUUAAGUUUGUAGACUUUUGUGGCAAAUACCGUAUUCCGUUGCUACAGUACCUGUGUUCAUCAAAAUGUAUAGUCAACCACAGAAACAUACUUGGAGAUAGCACCGACAGCAAUAUGAUGAGAAAAGUUUUACUCGGAUAAAUCCGUAAAUAUUUUUUUAAAACAAAUAGGUUACCUACUUACUACAUAUUUUAUUUGAUACAUAUGUAACUACCUAUAUUUAUGCAUACAAGCCCCUAUUAAGGCUAUUCAAGACGACAAAGGGACAACAAUACAGGUAGGGUAGGUACAUAAAAUAAAUACAACCUACCUAUGUAAUUUAUUUUUUGAAGAGUUUAAGAUUGAUGAUAAUAAUUAGCAAGCAGGAAAACGAUUAAAAUUAAAAAAAUACUUAUUAUUAAUACGGCAACAGUCAACUUAAAAAUGACAAGUAUUAAAUCAAUUUUAAAUGUUGAUGAACAGUAAUAAUAAACCAUUCUCUGAUAUUCCUAAAUAUGUAUGAUUUAUACAUAUAAAAUUAAUAAGAUAUUAAACAUUUUAAAAGUUUUAAAUUAAUUGCCUAAUUCAAAAAUCCUAGAGAUCAAUAAUAAUUAUUUUACGAUUUUAAAUGAUAAAGAUGAUAGAUUCAUAGAUUGAAAAAAGUAAUUUUUCCUUAACUUAGGCUUGUUUACAUAUGUAUAAUUGAAAUAGAAGUCAUCCUAUUAAAUUCAUUCAAUAAGAUUUAUGUUAUAAUUAUAAAUUUAUAAAUAAUAUUCUAUCUGUUUUUUUU